GACAGCGGCCUCCACCAGGGUCCGAACCGGAUCAGCACAGCCCACCAUGCAUUUCAGCCAAGACCCCGCUGAUCUCCAGCUUUGCGCAAACAUGUUCCAUAGUGAAGACUCCGUGUGCGCAGAAGGGGAGCAGGUGACCGAGGUGCGCAGUCCGAGUUCAGGGCCUUCCAGUCCGCUGUCCGUGAACUCGGACUCCAGCUGCACCAGCCCUGAAGGGAAGUCCUCCUCAGCCCAGAAGAGGGUCAGGAGGCCCCUGAACGCAUUCAUCAUCUGGACCAAAGAGGAGCGCAGGCGCCAGGCGCAGCUCAACCCGGACCUGGAGAACACGGAUCUGAGCAAAAUACUGGGGAAAACCUGGAAGGCCUUGUCUCUGGCUGAGAAGCGUCCCUACAUGCAGGAGGCUGAGCGUCUGAGGGUGCAGCACGCCAUCGACUACCCCAACUACAAGUACAGGCCCCGCAGGAGGAAGCAGCUGAAGAAGAGCUCCAAGCCCCAGCCUGCAGAGACCCCGUCCCCCCACCCUUACGUCUGCGGACCCGGCUACAGCGUACCGUACAGCCUAGCCUAUCUGCUCCAGAACCACCAGCACGCCUUCCCAAACACACCCCGUCCACCAAACAGGCUGGUCCACUUCACCCCUGUGCACAGCAGUUUCCCAAACACUGUUUUCCCAGACGCUGCAGACACUUUCUCACAUAAGUCUGUCAUGUGCUCCAGUCCACCUGCCUACCCCUCAGACCCCCAGGUGUACCAGCAUGGACAGAUACAGUAUGGGGUCUCCAGCCCUGCAGGGCCUUAUGUGGAGCAGGGGGACUCCAGGCUGUACGGGGGGUCGCUGUACCCUGCCGGCCCCACGCUGGAUUUGUACAUGGAGCAGAUCCACCUGGAUAUGCUGUAUGAUCUGGACCGCAGUGAGUUCGAACAGUACCUGGGUCCAUCUGCUGACAUGUCUGAGUCUGUGGAUGCCGUCAGCCACAUGGCGGGACGCUCCCUCUCAUAA